AUGGCCCCCGCGGCGAUGGACGAGGUCAUGGAGACCACUUCUACCCUGAACCCCAUCCAUGGCUCCAAGUCUUCCAAAUCGACAGUUAGCGCAUCCGUACUAUACGGUCCGCGCGAUUUGCGCAUGGAAGAGAGAAAGAUCGAGGACCCCGGGCUCGGAGAGCUUCAAGUUGCCAUCAAGUCCACCGGCCACGAGUCCUCUGGUGUUGUGGUUGCGGUUGGACCCCAGGUCUCUGGAUUCAAAAUUGGCGACCGGGUCGCACUCGAAGUUGGGGUACCCUGCGGUAGCUGCACAAUCUGUACCAAGGGACGUUAUAACCUGUGCAAGAAGCUUCGAUUCAGGAGCAGCGCCAAGAGUGUCCCUCAUUAUCAGGGAACCCUCCAAGAACGCAUCAAUCAUCCUGCGCAGUGGUGCCACAAGCUCCCCAACCACGUCUCCUUUGAUGCCGCAGCUCUGCUCGAGCCCCUUUCGGUAGCUCUCCAUGCAGUCAACCGGGCUUCACCUGCCCCCGGAUCUACCGCACUUGUCAUUGGUGCUGGCACCGUUGGCCUCCUCACCUCCAUUAUGGCCCGGCAAGCGGGCUGCACCAGAGUCACAAUUUGCGACGUUGACGCUGGUCGGGUCAAUUACGCCAUCACGAAAGGGUUCGCCACGCACGGAUUUGUUGUUCCCCGAACCUACUCGAACGCCUCGUCGUCGGGUUGCUCAACCGGCUGCUGCCCCACCGACUCGGGAACCUCGACGCCUGCGUCUGGCAUGAUGACCCCGGCCAGCAUUUACAGCCAACUUGAACAAGCCAGGCGGCUUGCCCAGGAUAUUUUGGCCGUGAGCAGGGACCCAGAAGGCUUCAGCGUCGAGGAGGACGAGGAGGACGAGGAUGGCGUUGACAUCACAUUCGAGUGCACCGGCAAGGAAGUCUGCAUGCACACAAGUCUCUACGCAACAAAGUGUGGUGGCAGGGUCAUCAUGGUCGGGAUGGGUACCCCCAUCCAGACCCUCCCAAUGUCGGCCGCUCACCUGAGAGAGGUGGACAUAUUGGGAAUUUUCCGCUACGCCAACACGUACAAAACCGCUAUCCGAAUUCUUUGCAACCAAGGCAACGGUGGCGCCGGCUUCACACUGCCUAGCCUCGACGACAUGGUGACCCAUCGAUUCAAAGGCCUCGAGAACGCAAAGGACGCCUUUGAGCUUGCCAGCCGGACUUCUGACGACGACGGCAACCUUGUUCUCAAGGUUGUCAUUGAGGCGUAG